ACCGGCAACGCUGUUAGCAGCGCAAAGCAUCCACACACCGUACUAAGUGUGCCGUGGUCGAACUGUUUUGUACAAAGAAUCGCAGUUACGGUGGCUUCAAAGAUUGAAAUCGACCAAAUAUAGUUGUCAACAUCAUCUAGUUGCAUUGAGUCCAACAAGUAGUUUUUUCGCGCUUAUCAUCGGAAAUUCCCAACUCUUUCAAAGAACAAUCAGUGAAAGUUGGAAUAAAAAAUACUCUUGGCAACGCUGAAUUAUCAGUCUUGCUGGGCCGGGCUUGGGGAAACAUCAUCAGACAAUCGAGGCCACGCCGGUGCUGCCGCUGAGCUAACAUACGGCGAACCCGGCAACUAGGCUACAGCACACCAGCUUAGCAUUGCCAGUUAGUGAAUAGCAAUAGGUAUGGCCUCUGCGAAAGAUACGGCUACGUUCUUUACUCACGGCACCUGUCAACAUUUCGAGCAGGUCCUCAAGUUAUAUCCACAAGCCCUUCGAUUGAAAGCUGAUAGAAAAGCCAAAAAGCCCGAGGAACUGAUUAAAUUAGACAAUUGGUAUCAGAAUGAACUACCGAAAAGGAUCAAAAGUCGUGGCAAAGAUGCCCACUUAGUACACGAGGAGUUGGUACAAUGCAUGAAAUGGAAACAGACCAGGGGGAAGUUCUUCCCCCAAUUAUCGUAUUUGGUAAAGGUUAACACUCCUAGAGCUGUUAUGGCAGAAACGAAGAGAGCCUUUAGAAAAUUGCCCAAUCUUGAGUUGGCGAUGUCAGCGCUCUCAAAUUUGAAAGGAGUCGGUACCACAAUGGCCUCAGCAUUACUGGCGGCUGCUUGUCCAGACAGCGCCCCCUUUAUGGCAGAUGAAUGUCUGAUGGCCAUACCAGACAUCGAAGGUAUUGAUUACACCACCAAGGAGUACCUGAAAUUCGCCAACCACAUCAAAUCCGUCGCCGAGAGAUUAAACAAGGCCGCAGAAGAAAGGUCAGAGGCUGUACGUUGGUCGCCACACAAGGUCGAGUUAGCUCUUUGGACACACUACGUUGUCUCCGAACACAAACCAGAGUUGCUCUCUAGUAUUUUCGCAGGUAGUCCUCUAGAAAAUGGAAACGCUAUUCCAAAACCAGUAGUUCAUCAAAAUGGUGACUCAAUAGAUCCUGCGACAUCUGAUGAGAGUAACCAAGGUCCGCUGAACGGCAAGACUAUUCUAGAUGAAGACACCACUACCACCUCGUUUACAGAUAACAGCCCGCCAUCUUUGGACCAAAAUGAAGAGACCAAUGACAGUGUUGUUUCUGGAUCAGAAGAAUUAAGCAAGGAUUCUCUGGGCUCGACAGAGGACUCCAACAGUAUUGGUGAAACUAUCAAACGGCCGUAUGAAGACAAUUCCAUCCAGCCGUCAAGCAAAAAAAUACGAGAGGAUGUUGAAGCGAAGUGACAAAUACGUAAUUACCUAUAAUAAUUUUUUACUUUUAUUUUAAGAAUAGGAUCUAUACACACAUUGUAAGUUACAUUAUUUAACUUUUCCUUUUAUUUUCGUGAGUGUUACAAUGCAAGUAUGUUUUCAUUUUCGAAAAAUUCAUUAUCGAUGUUUCAGAUACUUAAAAAUAAAUAACUAGAAGAAAUACGCUGAAAAAUUGUUCACUGUUCAAGGCGGGGAAAAUGUUUUUCUAGCAAUUUCUUCAUAUUAAGAUCUUUAUCUACUUUAAAUCUGUAUUAGUCAAGAUCUUAUUAAUAUUCCAUAUAUUGACAACAGCAAUAUUCAUUUAUAGUAUGUUAUAAUACAGUACCUAUACAUAUUUCUAUAUUUUUCUCUUUUAUGUGUUCAAAUUAUUUGAUUAGCGAUAGAAAAUGUAUCUGCUGGGAAGUACAGAGAAUAUCAAAUUCAUGUUAUUAAUGAAAAUAUAAUUUAAGCUUAGUGUAGCUUAAAGUCUUUUAAAUAUUAACAAACCAUUUUUAUCAUCAGUGGUGCUAAAACCCUAAAGUAGAGCCUUAUCCUUCAUAAGUCUUCUUUGCCCAGUCCUUUGGAGAUGGUUCUUGACGGACCUUUUUGCCAGCCUGACAUAAAAUGUGCUUGCUGUUUAUUCUUCUAUGUUACAGAAUCUAUUUUCCCAUCAGCUUCAACUGUCUGUUUAGCUUACAGUGCUCUGUUAGCAGAUCUACUAUGGCUUUGACUGUUUUCCUGUCUUUGCUUGCUCCACCAUUCCAGAGAUUUGUUUCCCCUGUUUCACUGGAGUGAGUUGCUAUUGGUUUUUCCUUCAGUGUAUUUUCCCUUCCUUAGAUCGGAAAGUUAACUUUCUCACCCCGAAAAAGGGUGACCAUUAUUGGAGUUUCUGGAGCUCUUAAAAUUUAGAAUCCAUUGAGAAUGCCCAUAAAACUCCUUGUGCCUGAAAGUUGGCUACCCCAGACUCUCCAUAGAUGUGUCUUGAGCCCAUAGUUACUGAUCCUUAAUCUAUUAAGGAUCCCUUUGGAGUCCAGACGUUUCCCAUCCUCAUCCUGUACGAAGACAGUGCACUAGUGCAGCUUCUUUGAGUACAGUGCCCAAAUUUUAGGCGUGGGUAGCUUCCAUAACAAUUUGCUGAUAUCGUUCUCUAUCUUGGGCGGUAUGUAACAAUUAAUUUGCUGAUGAGCCAGUCCAUUGACGAAGGUCUUGGAGCCAUGAAUAUUUCCUCAUACCAAUACCUCUUUUUCCGUCGAUCUUUCCAUUGAGAAUAAUAUGAGAUAUAAUGAGAUUAUAUGCUCCAGAUAUGUGUGGGCUUGGAUAUGUCUUCCCCCUUUAAAGUCCUGAGAGAUGUGCAAUUUCCCAAGGUCUUAGGGUUGUAAUCACCUCCUGUAACAAGAAGCAGCUUCGCUGAAAGUCACACUCUCGGUUCUUGGUCUUUUCCCUUUGCGUUGGCGCUUCGGGUGGUGUGCUUCCGUCUGUUCCAUACGUAGUGAAGUGAAUUACUAAGAGGUAAGCUUAGACCAUUGAUACACUAUGCGCUCGAAGGCUCCGUUGCUCAGUUCUGGAAGAUUACGUGCAGGGUCGUUAAUUAAAAAAAAUCCCCUGUGAUAGUGACAGUUGUCAAACUUCUCUGAUACGUCUAAAGGUGGGAAACUAUCAAUAGAAUGUAAAUUUAUAGGUUUCUAUUGAUAAUUUCCCACCUCUACUAGUUCCAUCUCUUUUUAUUUCACAACGUAUUGUUUUCCGUCUUUUGCCUUAUUUUGCCGGUUAUUGGCGCACUCACCACUGUGUAUGAAUUUUGAAUAUCUUUUUUAAAAACUGGAUUUUUUAGUUGAUUAUUUGUCGAAAUAAAUGAAUAUUGAUAUAAACUAAGACAAGGCUAUUAUUUAUAUUGGAACCUAAGUAUUUCUUCUACGUUACUAUUUAUUGCUGUAUGAGAUUUUGUUUUCAAAAUGGAAAGAAUUUUCCGAACAACUAUGAAUACACUCCUCAACAUUUCAUUGGUCUGUACAGAUUUAUGGACUUUCCAUUUUUGUAUUUAAUUUAGAAAAUAUUAGAGUUUAAUAUUUUAUAAAACCUUGAAUUUCCUGGAGAGGAGUGCAAAAAGCCCAGUUUUUGUAAGUAAAUGUUAUGUUUUCCAUAGCAAUUCGCCAGGUUUAUAUAUUCCUUAACCCUUUCACUGCUAACUUUUGAAAUAAGGCAUGUCUAGAAGCGGCAGUUCUUAUUGGCAAUAAAAGUGAGAAUGUGCACGUGUCACGGAUCCGUGCCAGGGCGAAUAUUAACAUUGCGCAUGCACGACACGGAUCCGUGACACGCGCAUGUCACGGCACGGAUCCGUGACACGCGCAUGUCAUGCGUAGCAAAAGGGUUAAUAACACGUUUUUAGAAAAUAUUUAAAGUAAUUAGUAAAAUAAUGGAAAACAUAUUGCGACAUUUAUGUUACAGUGAAAUUCCAGGAAGUUCAAAACCAAAGGAAAUUUCUGAGUGUAUAAAAAGAGUAUGUAAAAGUUUCCUGUUUCUUCACAGAUUUUUUUGUUUUGUUGUUUUUUUAAUGAUCUAUUAGUCAUUUAUAAAUUUUUGAUACUGUUCUUUAUCAUCAUAACAUAUUACCAUUACUAGAGUAGUUUAAGUAAUUUAUUUGUUUUUUAUGUAUUCCUUUAACGUAGGCAUUCUUUUAUGUAUUAAUAAUAUGAAGUACAUUCCAUUUUUAGUUGGUUUUUUUUAGUUUCCUUCGAUACUGAAUGUCUCAUUGUAAUUUGAAACUAUUCAGAUGAAAUGCGCCCAGAUUUAAUAAAAUACAGCAAACACCAAAUAUAGUGACGCUUUUUAUCUGAAAAGUACCGAGCAUUGCUUCAGAAAAUCGAGCCAGUAAAACAAUGGCAGGCUCAAGUUGGUGUAACUAGCAACAUUAACCAACACUCCGUAGACAUAGCACCGUAAUCAAGUUGAAAAUGUUCACCGUGAUGUUUGCUGUACAUUCGAAAAGACUGAUUUAUAAAAAAUAUCCAAAGUUUAGACAUUUUAUCAAAUAAAACAACUUUUUAAUGUUAUAAACUCAUCCUCAACAUUGAACAAAGAAACACAAUUUACUCAAGGAACUCAGCUCCCGAUUUUUAGUUCAUGGGAACUCGGCUCCCAAUUUUUAGUUAAUGGGAAUUCGGCUCCCGAUUUUUAGUUCAUGGGAAUUCGGCUCCCAAUUUUGAACUCAUGGGAAUGUUUUCGAAUUGGAGUUGAAUUUUGAGCUCACGAGAUCACUUAGUCUGCAAAAUAAUCCAACAAAACACUUUAUGAUAAACUAGACAAACUAUAAAAGCUAGGUCACUGAGUAUUUAUUUACCAAUCAAAGAUUUGUAAUCCCAAAUUUGUCAAAGAAAUCUUUUGAUUAUAAAUUGUAAAUUUGGUAAAGGUAAUUAUUACUUAGUCCAUUUUCUUAUAAAAAAGAAGUAGUAGAUUGGCCAGUUUGUUUUUAUUGUGAAUUGAUCACCCUCAACUGUACGUGUUGCCGCAAUUGGAGUAGUUUAUUUCUGGAAAUUUCUGUAUUUCUAAAUGGUUUCAGGUGUUAUGAACACAGGAACACAAUUUUGAGCUUAUGGGAAUUCAUCUCCCGAUUUUUAGUUAAUGGGAAUUCGGCUCCCAAUUUUGAGCUCAUGGGAAUUCCCAAUUGUCUGUUCCCAUACUCGUAUAUUUUGUCUGUAGUAUGUUCAUAAAAGACCGGUAUGAAAACACGUCUUGUAUCACACGGGAAUAAAUUUCAAUUCGACGAUGUUCUCGAAUUGGAGUUGAAUUUUGAAUUAAUGGGAACACAGCUUCCAAUUUUGAACUCAUGGGAAUUCCCAAUUUUCUGUUCACAUACCUACUCGUAUAUCCUGUCUGUAGUAUGUUCAUAAAAGUAAUGUAUAAAAACACGUCUAUAAAUCGACACGUGAAUAAUUUCAGUUGAACGAUGUUUUCAAAUUUUGAGAUCUUGGGAAAUUGGCUCCUAAUUGUGCACUCUUGAGAACUCUGCUCCGGAUUUUGAACUAAUGGGAACUCGGUUCCCAAUUUGGAACUCAUGGGGAUUAAAAUUAUAGGUUGAUUACGAACACCCAUUUGCCGAUGUUUUUGACGAAUUAUCUGCUUUGCAGUUGUUUAAUGUUACAAAAUGGAUUGUUCCACAUGCUGAAACCAAACACUUUAUUUUUUUUAUUAUAUUACAACUUUAAAUUGAAAUUUUCUAAACAUUGGAUAGUUUUAUAUUUUGACAUAGUUACAGAAUUUUCAAAAAAUGUCCAGAGCAUUGUGUUCACUGUUAAUGUUUAGUAUAAAUUACAAUAACUGAUUACUUACUGGAAAAAUAUAUUUAGUAACUGAUGUAGUAAUUUUUGGGUAAUUGAUAAAUACAUUAGGUAGUGGCAUUGUAACGUUACCAGUUACAAAAAAAAACGUAAAAUCAAUAUAAAAUCAUUACCUCUGAACACAUCUUGUCACAUUAAGUUACCAUUUUGGGGGAUCAGGUUCUGAAAGACAAAUCUAAAAUAAUCUUGGAAGAAAUUUUGUUUUCAUAAUUGAUCAUAAUUCUCAAUGUUGUACUAAAAUAUUAAGCACAUUUAUUAAUAAUACGAUUUUCAGUCGAUUUGGUUAUAAGGUAACCUCGGUCACCUUAAUAAAAAACCUCUAAGGACAUAAUAAAGCUCUAUUAAUCAGGAGAAAACCGGUUGCUUGUUGGAAGUUGGAAACCAGUUUCAGGCGGAUCGCCUUGUGAGUGAAUCCCCGUACUUUUACGUCGCCGAGAUAGCAAAAUAGUUGCAGGUGCAAAAAAGUUUUAAAACAGUUGCGCUGGACCUUACAGUCAAUCAAAAAUUUUAUUUUGCAAGUGCUCAGAUAAUACAAACGAUUAUUUCACUGACAAAUACAAUUUAUGGAAUAACGUUUUAAGGGAAUUUUUUUUAAACGAUUAUAGCAAUCCCAAAAUAUUGUGGGACACACAGUAUAAAAAAAGUAUAAACAGGAAUUUUUGCAUUUGAAGUUUUCCUGUAAUCUUGUACAUAAUAUAAUAUAUUGAUAUAUUUUUUAUUUCAUAGCAGUUUUAAUUUUUGUUCGCCAACUUCAAAUGUAAGUAGUUAGGCAACAUAGCUCUGUAUAAACAUAACUUUAUGUGAUCGAUAGCUUACGAACUACUGUUUCGGUUAAACAUUAUGUUCGGUAGAUUCGAUACAAUUUCAAAUUUUUGAAUCAGUUUCAGGAAGCUGGUUCAAUCAAGAAAUGCUUGUGUCUGUAUUGCUUUUGAGAAUAAGUGGCGCAGUCAGAAGAUAUAAUUCCAAAUAACAGCAUAUAAGCCCAAAAAAAUAAGUUUUUUAAGAAAAUUGUUAUUGAACUUUAAUAUAAAGUUAAAAAUUCGAUAAUUAGAAAUAUUUAACUUUACUUUAGUCAAUAAUCAGCAGAUGAAAAUAUAGCAAGACGAGUCUUAUACACAAUAAGCUAAAUAAAAACGGGACAUAUGCAGUUAAGGGAGGGGUAUGGUUUGAAAUAUUUAAUUGUUUUUUAUUAUUUCAAAUAAAAGGGCAUACUUUCAAGAAUACUCUCUGAAAAUUUCAAAAUAAUCGGAGUAAAAUUACCAGAGAUACAGCGUGUUGAAUAUCCCUACCUUCGACUCGCUUUGCUGCGACUUCGCGCCAGCACGCUUGAGCGUAGUGAGAAACGUUAAACAACUGUUCGCCUUCUCUUUUGUAGAGUACUCCUCGAUUCAAAAAACAUAUUCCAAUGUGCAUCACUUUACGAUUUGGCAGACAAAUAAGGAGAUGAAGAUGCAGCUGUUAAAACUUUAAACGCAUUUUUCUCAAAACUGCUUUUUCAAAUGCGGUGGACAUUUUAACUGAAAAACUACUCGGCCGAUCUACCUGAUAUUUUGCACAGAUUUUCUCAAGACAUUUCAUGAGGUAACAACGUCGAGAUAUUUUUCUUUUUUUGCUUAUUUUUUGUUCAACACUAAUAAAUCUGUUGAUUUUCACAAUAUUUUUACCAAAAAUUACAUCUUUUGAUUUCUGAGUGAUACCAAAAAUUCAAAAAGCAUUAAAAAUAAAAAAAAAACUCGACGUUGUAACCUCGCGAAACUCAUAUAAGCUAAUUGAAUCUUUUUGAAUUUUUUGGUCGUAUGAUCUAGUGACAAGUUCUGAUGUCCACCGCAAAAUCCAUUUUUUUUGUAAGCUGCCUGUCAAAAUUUGUCACCAAUGGCUUACUUUUCAAUAUAUUGGAUUUAAUUUUUUUCUAAAUAUUCUUUGAAUUGUACUUUAUGUGUUUAUUUAAUUUAAAAAUAAAAUAAUUGUACCAUAGCUUCGAAAAAAUUCACAAAAAUGUUCUUGAUGUGUUGAUUUCAAACCAUACCCCCCUUUAAUACAGUGUAUCGGAACUACAUUUGAAAUAGUCGCCCAAUAUAAAAGUUCGACACAGAUAAAUCAUAGCAACGUUAACAUCGGCAUGUAUAAAAUAUCGUUCGACUACCUGUCUCCUACGAGCGAUCCCAUAAAUCCAGCCGAAAAUAACCUGUCGCAUAUCGCGCCUUGCUCGUAAAAGGAGACAGGUAGUUGAACGAUAUUUUAUACAUGCCGAUCUUAACGUUGCUAUGAUUUGUCUGUGUCGAACUUUUAUAUUGGGCGUCUAUUUCAAAUGUAGUUCCGAUUUACUCUAUUAACUGCGUAUAUCCCGUUUUUAAUUUAACUUAUUCUGUAUAGCAGAUAACGAGGUUAAGCGUUCGCUAGUGACGAACGAACAUUUUGAAACUGAUCAUUAAAAUUAUCAUGGAACGAAACAAGAGCUAUAUUGCCUACCGAAUUUGUUCGUUUUUAUAAAAUCGUGGAAAAGUAACGAGUACAAAAAAACACUGAACGAUUUUGUAAUUUCGAGUGGAAAUAGCAAAGCUCUGUUUUAAUAUAAAUAAUAUUUAUAUAUAAAUAUAUAUAGACAACAAAUAACUGAAUGCCUUUUAUCAAAUAAUGUAGACGUAUACACUUUUACAAAAAAUAUUAGCUAUUAUUUUGGAAGCAUUAUGUUAAUACACCCGUUACAUAAUAUCUCCCAUUAUCUUUUUUAAACAUUCCUGUAACAAAGCGAUUAUACAGACUGUUUAGAUUUAAAUUAGAUAUACAUCCUAUAAAUGGCAACACUGAGCGCUUCAGGAGACGUAAACAUUAGCAGAUGUAUUAGUUGCUAACGGCGUGGAUUAUUAAUUUCACCAGCAAAACAGAUGGCUAUUUCGUUUAGUUUUUAAUAAUCUUGGACAAUCGUUAUUUGCAUUUUCGCUUGAAUUAUUCAUUAAUUUAAUUAAUAGGAUUAUUUUUUUACUAAUAACUAUGUAUUCAGUGAAUACAAUAAUUUAUAUACUAUGCAAUAAAAACUAAUAAUCGAGAAAAUAGAAAAAUUGAUAGUGAUUUUAAUAACAUACUGUUACUAUCGGAACGAGUAGAUAAAUUUUGAGGAUCUUUAACAAUCAAAACACCUGAUACAAUUAUAGUAUACAGCAAUGUUGCGGAUUUUAGCGCUUACUUCAGUGUCUUAUAUCUAAUCAAAAACUAAACGGUCUGUACAUAAUAAGUAACUUGUCGAGAGGUAUCGCAGAUGAUGUAAACUACAGGCGUGAUUAGAAAAAGUAUUUGGGAGUUGUUAGGGAUGGGAAGGUGUAAAUAUAGUGAGGUGUUAAUUUUAAAACGGAUUUUGAAUAUCUGAUGUGUAGGUCUUAACGUUUCUUUUCAUUUAUAUGCAUAUUCUCACGCUUUUAACCGGACUCUUUGGAAGAUAUUCAAUAUCCUACACAUUAUUUAAUGUAAAAAAUAUCAUUUGUAGAUGAGUUUUGAGGUUUUGUAGGAUAUUUUCAUAAAUAUAAAUAUUUCACGGUCAA